AUGGAACGUCAACCCAAAACCGAUAAAAUUUUGGGCAUGUAUUGGAACUCAAAUAAUGACGUGUUGGAAUUUCAGUUUAGAUUCCACAAGAUACCUCGAGAAGUCAUCGAUUGUAAACGACCACCAACUAAGAGAGAACUUUUGGGGUUAGUCAUGGCCAUUUACGACCCAUUUGGUCUAUUAGCUAACGUCACCAUAACGACCAAAUUGAUACUUCAAGCCACGUGGAAACAACCGAUCGAUUGGGAUGAUCCAUUGCCUUGUGAACUAGAGUCGCGGUGGAUAAUAUGGUGGAAAGCAUUCCAGGACAUCAAACACUUCGCAGUACCAAGAUGCAUUUCGCCAAUUUACACAACUGCAGAAAGUUUGGAAUUGCAUGUCUUCGUUGACGCAAGUGAUACUGCCUAUGCCGCAGUGCGCAUGAAAAAAGCACAAGAGGUAAACGUCGCCUUUAUAGCAGGGAAAACUAGGUGCGCUCCAAAGAGAGAAUCAACCGUUCCGCGCUUGGAGCUUCAAGCCGCCGUCUUGGGAAGCCGACUUAAAACAUUAGUAGAAGAAUGUCUCGAUCGAACUGUAAACGACGUCACGUUUUGGAGUGACUCAAAAAUGGUUCUUCGGUGGAUUCGGUCUAGGAAACGUGAUUUUAAGCAGUUCGUCGCUAGUCGAAUUUCGGAAGUUCUAUCAGUAACCUCAUCAAGUCAAUGGCGCUGGAUUCCAUCGGCGAUUAACGUGGCAGAUGAAGCCACGAAGCUUGAAGCUUCUCCAAAAUGUCAAACUGAUUCGCGUUGGAUACAAGGCCCAGAUUUUCUGUAUGACAACGAUAACACAUGGCCCAUGGAGCCAGAAAACUUGUAUUCCAAUCCCUGCGCGUCUGAAGAGCAUAAUAAGAAGAUUGUACUUAUAAUCCACAAUAGCGACAUAAUAGAUAUCACAAAAUAUUCCUCUUUUAUAAAGUUACAGCGAGUUGUGGCUUGGGUUUUACGCUUUGUAAAUAACUUAAAAAGCCGGUUAUAUACGGUUGUGGGCCUCUUGAGCCUCACCGAUAAAUGUCCUAUUGUUAAUAAGGAAUUAGUAUCUUGUGCAUUGUGGGUGUCAUAG